AUGAAGAUUGCGAUGAUCAGCGAUUUCUUUGCUCCUCGUCUUGGUGGUGUAGAGAAUCACAUACUAAACCUAAGCAAAGAACUGUCUAAAUUAGGCCAUACAAUUAUUAUUAUAACUAAUUCAUCAUCAGGUGGUAAUAAUAUAUGCUAUGUAGAUGGGUUUAAGACGUACUAUCUUAACUUGUUCUCAUUAUUCAGUGGUUCAAUCUUCCCAACAAUCAUAUGCAGUACGAUACCAAUUGUUCAGAUACUCCUAUACGAACAGAUUGAUUUAGUGCACGGUCAUCAGUGCAGUACUCUUCCUAUUGAAGGAAUCCUUCACAGUAGAAUUCUUGGUAUACCCACAUGCUUUACUAAUCAUUCAUUAGUUACAGUAGAAUCACUCGGUGGAAUAGUUACACAGCCAAUGUUUCAACUGUGCAUAAGGCCCAGUGAUGGUAUAAUUUGUGUAUCCGGUGCCACUAAAUAUAAUACAGCCGACAGACUAUCCAUACACCCAGAUAGAAUCACAGUCAUCCCGAAUGCAGUAACAGAAGAGUUUAAGCCCAAAACCAUAACUAACACACAGCUAAUUCAAACCAAUCCUGGCAUAACCCGAGUAUUAAACAUAAGACAAUCAAAUGGCUGGACAAACAAUGAAAUAAUUAUUGCUGUUGUAAGCAGACUAACCACAAGGAAAGGAUCCGUCCUCCUCUCAGAUAUCCUGCCAAGUAUCUUCAAGAUCAACCCACUCAUUAGACUAAUUAUAGCAGGAGACGGUGAAAAGAAAGAAUUACUGGAACAAACCGUGGAGAAGUACAAAUUAAAAGAUAAAGUUAAGUUUCUAGGUGGUAUCCACCCAUCAGUCAUAAAUUUAGUACUAAACCAGUCAAACUUAUUCUUAAAUACGUCACUAACUGAUGCAUUCUGUAUAUCUAUAAUAGAGGCAGCUGCCUGUGGCUUAUACGUUGUAAGUACAAAUGUAGAUGGAAUAUCUGAAGUACUCCCUAAGGACAUGAUUACACUAGUAACCCCAUCAAAACAAGGCAUUUUAAAUGGGAUAAUUCAUGCUUUACCCAUAAUUAACCAGUACAACAAGGACAUUUCCCAUAAAAGAGUCCAUUUAAUGUAUAAAUGGUCUACAAUAGCAGAGAAUACGAAUAAAAUUUACAAAAAAAUAUUUUAUUAUAAAAAUAAAAAUAUAAAAAUAUAA